GGUAAACGUCUGAGACCUGCAUCACUUCGGGCUUCACAUUAAGCUGACACGCCGUGAUAUAACUGGAAUACUGUUAAAAGCGGCGCUAAACCCAUCUCACUCACUCUUAACUCAAUGUAAUUCAGUGUGAAACGUGACCCAUUUACUCAACAAACCCAUCUGACUCGAAGUGUAAAGGUAUAUUACAGACGCAUCAUUAUUAACUUUACUAUUAUUUCCUCAAUAAGAUAUGUUGUAUCUGCUGUAUAUUUAUUGUUAUUUUAGCAACCCCCCAAACAAACGCAUGGAAAGAGUCAAUUUCAAUUGUUUUUCAGAACGGGUGUGGGGAUUAUAACAUUUUUACAAAAGAAAUUAUGGCACUUUAUGCUCAUGGAAAGGUUUCAGCGUGUCAAAACGCGCCGUUUUUAACUGUUAUGCGUCUGCGUCAGAUAGUACAAAUUGUCAUGUCAUGGAGAAAGAACUGUUUGCAAUGUGAAGGAAUCGUGAGCAGUGAGCAGUGAUACCGCUUAUUUAAAACCGCAUUGUAUUCAAAUAUGUAUUGGAUCAAAAAACGAAAUGCCACUCGACUCGACACGCCAAGUUUACGAGAGGCUGGACUAUGAGCUUCAAUACCCUAUUUUGGCCCAGUGCUGAGACGGCUACAUCGACGUCGACGGGUUCAAUGAUGAAUCUGGAAUCUGCGACACUGAAGACACGUUUGUUUUGCUAUUGAAUCAGGUUGUUUGCUUCAACGCCGGGGUGGAUGAAUGGACGUUUUGCCCAUAAUUGCGUCACCCAAGUUAACAGAUAUGGCGCAGGUAGUGUCAUGGUGUUGGAGUGGGGAGGGGGGGGGCAUUUGUGGGACGACCUCGAUGGGCAGUGUAAUGUCCCCUCUAGGAUUAAACUAGAUUGCUCCCAGUCAGUGAGUCUAUCUUUAAAAGAUACAACAGUUACCUGUGAUUGAAGAUAACCCACAUAAUAUUACAGACAGGUAGGUCAAUGUCACUCCAGACACCCGAGACACGCGUUGCAGGACGAGUGGGAUAAGAUUCCACAAGCUCGGAUCCAAAGACUUCAUCUUCAGGUGGUAGACACAAUAGGUACUGAGAACUAACGCCCACUUGUAAACAGACGUCAUCACUUAUGGAACUUUCAUUGUCAUAUUUGUGAUUACUGACAUUUUGCAUUUCUUAUUGUGCAAUCUGGCUGCAAAUAAUGUUGUAUUAAAUGGGUUAUCCUUCUUUGAACAUAGCAAAUUAAAUAUGUGAAAAUUCACAAAUGCGUUUCUUUUUUGGGAGCGUAUAUAUGUGUUAUUGUAAAGUAUUUGUCGAAGGGGCAUUCACUUUCAAAGCAUCCAUUACUUUUUUGUAAAUUACAAAGUAUGGCACAUAUAUAAAAUGGUGUUUCUUCUCUUCUGGACCUCAUAUAGCCCCAUACCAUGCCAGCAAGGUGGUAUUCAGAUUGGUUAAAAGAAUGGGCGACGAUAUAAAUACUUUUACGUCUUGCGCGCUUCUUGAUAUAUUUCCUGUAAAAAGGUUUUCCACCAGUCCACUCACAAGAACGCCGCCUUGGCCAUUAUCUCAGUGACACGGCGGCAUGUCAACUUACUUCAUGUGUAAGAAAACCGAUUGACUUUUCACUUUUAGUCACCCACGAACAUGGAUAUGGUACUGACAAACCUAGAAACAUAAUCAGAGGGAACCGAGAUGCGAACCCACAAUCAUGUUCUGCCACACCUAAGGGUCACUCGCCACAGCGAACAGCGGUCCUUCAGGCGACUGUGGAACACCAUAUUCAAUACACCUACUUCCCCUCCUUUAGUAGAAAUUUCUUAUAAUUAUGGAAAUUGUUUUGUCGCUAUUAUGCAUUAAAACUAAACGUUAAGAGAAACAUCGCUGGAUUUCCCAGUUGAUAUUAGUUUCUGUUUUAUUUUUAAAUAAUUCACGACUAGGAACAUUGAGAAAACUGUCCAAAUUCUGUAAAAUCAUCAUGUCAUUGUUUAAACCUAUCAAGUAACUCUACCUCUUUCUGAAUUGCACAUAUAUAACAACCCUAGAAAAUCUGUAUUAAUAUGCAUGCCUGCUCGGCAAAGAUAUGACAGUUAUACACUGAAGAUGAUGUCUCUAGAUCAUUUAACAUACAUAAACUUUAUUGUACAUGCCUAUUUAUUUAUUUAUAUAGUAACCUUUUAAGUAGCCGACGUCCACCCAAAAGGUUCUAAGAUGGUUAAUAUCCAGAUACUUAAGCCAAAUGAGCUGCUUCAAUUAUACCAUGAUGAUGGUAUUCAUAAAAAAUAGUAUUUGAAAUGCUUCAAAACAUACGUGCUGUAUUUCGAUCAUGUAAGACGGGUUGGGAAAAUGGUCAGAUUAUCAUAGCAUUUACGACCUCAAACAGAUGUGUACAAUAAGUUCAAGAUUUGACUGUACAUUUAUUCACUUUGCCUUUGCCUACCAGAGUAAGGAUUUCUUAGGAUUGUGGACAUGGUUUUCUCGGGUUUUUUAAUUGAAACAAAAUGUUCAGAGAAGCAUCACACGAUUUCCAAGCUGAUAGAAGUUUCUGUGACUUGGUUUCUGUGGAUGCGAAAGUAACCACAUCGGAUUUUUAAGUAACACAACGUACUGCACCGUUUGAUCAAUCCCGAUUUAAUCAAUUAACAAUGAUUGAUCAUCCCUGGAGAUAACAGGACUAGAUUGGUUGAACUCUUCUCAGACCUCUCCCUUUAUACGGAAACUUGUUUUGACAAGAAGUUGAUUGGUUUCUCAAGUGGACAGUGAGAUUCCUUUCGGAUCAAAGCCUAAUGAAGUUGCAGUGUAGCUUUGAUCUCGCCACUGGCUUCGAAAAUGCUCUCUUUGAUCUAUGAAUCUCCACUACUAUGUUUAUACUAAGGGUCAGUAUAAAUGUUUUGCGCGGACUGGAGUCCUUCACUUCAUCUCAAUCCGUGAGAACGAACACAUCUACUUUCCAAUUAUCCAAAUUUGGCGCUACUGAAUCCCUGUAGUAUUUCAUCCGACUGCAUUCUAGUGUUGUGUCCGAAGGCCCUAGAAAAUGGAUCCAGUUCAAGUUGCCAUCAAGCUGAGACGUCUCCUUAUUGCCCACGACAAUGCAGUGAAAGAGAUCCUGACAUUAGAUACCCAAGUCUACCAUCUGAUGCGGAAGAUGACAGCCAACUCCUCCAACAACUGCAUAAUCCGAGGUGAACAGCUGAUCCAGAGACGAUGGGUGCUGGAAGGUGUCAAGGAGAUGUUUACCAUCUACAGACAACUCAAGUGGCAAGAGGUGCAAGCCUGUGUAAACGCCAUCACCAAAGAUGCUUCUGCAGAGAGUGAUUCGGAGGCGGACUGGAAUGCAGAUACCUCUUUCAAUGACGAUGAAGCUUCCUUCACGGAACUCUUGUCCGACAGCUCAUAUAGUGAGGACGACGAAGACCAGGGAGACCUAUACAGCAACGACAGCAGCUACGAUAUGACGACUCUCAGUCGAGCUUUGUCUGUAGACGACAGUGCACUUCAUAGAAACGCCUAAGGGAAAUCACAAGUCCCAUCCACAUCAACUAGUGCUGCAUUUACCUUGUUAUUCAUUUUUUGUUAUUGUACACAAAUGUUGCCUGACAGUGUGCAAAGGGCAUCCUAUUAUAUUGUAAACCACAUUUGUUUGUUGAUGAAUAUGCUGAGGAAAUAAAUAAUGAAGUCGA